GCCACCAACAAACACACACAAACAGAGACACCUGUACUCACACACACAGACAUGUACAUACACACACAGAAACAUGUACACACACGCACAGAGACACAUGUACACACACACACACACAUACAGACACAUGUAUACACACACAGGCAUAUACAGACACGCAUACACACAGAUACAUGUACAUACAUACACAGACACAUGUACAUACAUACACAGACACAUGUACACACAGACAGAUGUACAUACAUACACACAAACACACACACACAUGUACAUGCACACACACACACAGACACAUGUACACAUACAUGUACAUACACGCAGACACAUGUACAGAUACACACAUGUACAUACACACAGACACAUGUACAAACACACACACACAGCCCUAUAAAAAGUUGCAGUACUUCAUUGUUCACUCACAGAUCCGGGUACUGCACUCUAGGGGGAGGCAGAGAGCACAGCACACACUCCUUGCUUUGCUUGCACUGCGCUCAGCUACUGAGCAGUCUGACGGCUCCCAGUGCCAAUGACAGAUCUGGCCUGAGCUCGGAGCCUGCUCAGCAAGACGGCCCUGGGGACACACUCGCCCCCACCAUAAUUUCCACUCGCCAUUGGCGAGCAGGCGAGUGGAAAUUUCAA